AUGCCAGAAUUCUUUUUUCCAACUCUCUCGGCCACAUGCUACGGUCCAUUUUAUCGUGCAGGAAUCCUCAGCAUGAGAGGACUAAUUGUGUCCGCGGCUUUCGUGAUUCCGUCGAUGAUCCUUGGCGCCUAUCAAUGUUUUGCAUAUCGACACUGGCUCUUGUUGAGGAAUGACAGCUUUUUGAAAUUUAAACCUAUCACUUUUGGAGUUAUAAUUGUGCUUCAUUACAUUAUUUUGAACACAUGGGUCGUCAGCGGAGUUUUGGCAUUUCCGAUAGUUUGUGGGCCGGAGACUGAAAAUCUACAGAACAUUCUUAAGCAAUAUCCAUCAUUUGCUUACCUCGGCACUCUUCAAGACAUUUGCAGUGUUCAUUAUGCUCCUCUUUAUCCACCAUACAUUAUGGUAUCAUCGAUUACAGUACUCGUGUCAGCUAUAUUGGGCAUGGCUGUUUAUCUGAUUCCGACGGCUAUUCUCACGAUUUGGCACUGCUUUCACAUUCUCAACGACAAGAGCUCCUACAUGAGCAAAAAAACAAUCAGUUUACAUCGGAAAUAUCUCUACACAUUGACGCAAGGGAUUUUGGUUCCAAUCACAACGAUCGCCAUUCCUUUGAUCAUAUUGGUAACUAUUGUCGUCGGAGAAGUUUCCGUUUCUCAAGCCUUUCUCAACUUUACCGUUGCGAUCGCCUACACGCACACAAAGCUCUCAUCUUGCAAUAUCAUUUUCACAUCAAAACUCUACAAAAGCUAUUUGCUUCGUUUGAUUUUUAGAAUUUUGAGACGGAAAAUUCCCGUCAAUUUGAUUGUGCCGAGUCAAUUUACAAAGAGCAAUUUCGAGCGGACGAUCAUGCCAGAGAUGUCACGGGUCAAA